AUGGAGUUAAAGCGGUGGCUUGAGGAGCUAGUGAAGGUUGAAGACUCCGACCUGGCGGCUCUAGAGACCGUGCUUUGCGGCGCACAUCCCGGCGGGUUCGCCGCUUACCUGGAGGAGCUCGAGGCGGAGCAAGGCGCGUCGCAAUGCAACGUGGUGUGGACGUACGGCGCGAUCGCGUAUCGCUGCCGCGACUGCCAGAUCAACGACGCGAGUGCCAUCUGCGUGAAGUGCUUUCAGGAGGGGGACCACCGUAAUCAUGACUAUGUGAUGUACCGCAGUGAGUCAGGAGGCUGCUGUGAUUGUGGCGACCCUUCCUCCUGGAACCCCAAAGGUGCUUGCAAGCGGCACCGCCAUCAGGAGCACUCAGCGGACACACCCAAGCCGCUGCCCGGGAAUCUUGGGCAGGUGACAGAAACGGCUGUGGCAGCAGUGGUGGCGCAGCUAGUGCUGCAGGUGGGGAAGGCGAUGAAAUCCCCGCUGCAACCCCCCCGGGACCUUCUCAAGCUCAUUGCAUGGCUCGACAAGAUCUCGCAUGCAGCAGGCAUAAGAGACAUCGUGUGUGCGUGCAUGGCGGCACCCCUUCCUCCAAAAGUGCUUGCUGCUGUGAACCAAAUGGGCGUUCUAGGGAGCAUAGGGAGCCUUGGGAGCAUUGGGGUGACAACAGGGAGCACUGGGACCGUUGGGAGCAUUGGGGUGACAACAGGGAGCACUGGGACCGUUGGGAGCGUUGGGGUGACAGGGAACAUUGGGAGCAUGGGGAGCACAGGGAGCAUUCAGAUUGAAGGGGCAGAAGGAGGGUUCCUCCUAGAAACGCUCUCAGCGAUGGCAGAGGAGGUGGUGACACAGGAGGCGACGCUCUUCCUGCUGCUGCUCUACUCGCCCGCCUUCAAGACCGUCUUCUCUGCAUUGCUUAUUCGACAGUACCCACUCCUCGUGCUCUCCGUGCUCCCAGAUCACAACCCCUCCGCCCGCUUCGUCAAAAUCGAAAAGGCCCUGGACCGAGUGCACCAUAGCAAUCUGCAUCCGCUCUACUCACGCCCGCUACACGACAUGCGACUCAUCUUCUCGCACACGCCUGUUGUCAACUACCUACUCACUCAACGUCUCGACGUUCUAGCCGACCUGAUGCUCACACUCUCGCUGCUACAGGGCAUGAACCCGUAUGUGCGCUAUGAGUAUGGUGACCCCACUGAAGGCACUCGGUGGACCAAAGCCGUCACACUUGAGAUGCUGGUGAUCGGUCUAAUCGACACCAUCACAGAGCGCUACACCGCCUCUCCCUCCACCCUCCCCACCACCAUCCUUGCCCCGCCUGCUGGGAGCACUGGAGUAGGGGCAGAUGCUUCUGGGGGAGAGGGGCAAGGAGGGGCAGCAGGGGAGGGGAGAGUGGAUGCGGAGCAUGCAUUGCUGAAUGGAGCCCGGAUUGCACUGCAGGCGCUUCUGGCUUGGCUGGUCAAGAAUCAAAUCAAGGCGGAGGAUACAGGGAGCAAGACAAUCCGGGCGCGCGAGUGGCACUACCAGGGGGAGGACCUGAGCAAGCUGGAGAGGGUGUAUCGGGGGGGCUACUGGCCUGCUGCCAUGGACCUCGACCUGCUCGUGCUGCAGCUCGUGUCCUUGUUCUCCUCUGACUCCCCAGCUGCUCUGCUGGCGUCUGCUGUCAAGCACUUCAGUCUCCACGACACCUUCAGCAAAACCAUCCAAUGCACUUCUGCCACGUCAUCAUCCUCAUCAUCUGCCCCCCCGAGUGCUGACUGGACAGCAGCAGAGCUCAGCCGAUUGGCUGAUCUGCUCAAGCUUGUCCUGCUGAUCAUUCGGGACCCAAAGCACACGGGAUUUUCAGAGGACUAUGUGCUUCGGUACCAUGUCAUUCAGUGGCUGGCAGUGCGCGACCGCACUCACAGCGAUCUCUCCCAACAACUCGGUUCCUCUCUGGCUAGUCUCCCCCAGCUGAGCGCAGUGCUCCAAGAGGUGGCAGAGCACCAUGUGCCUCGGCGCCUGCAGCAGCGAGGGUAUUUCCAGCUGAAACCCACCUGCUGGGGCGAGUUUGACCCGCUCUUUCCCCACUACUCGCCUUCUGAACUGGAGGAGGCGCAGGAGCGAGCAGAGAGAUUGGCGCCCAAGGUGUGCUUCUGGCGAAUGCAGUGCCCGCAGCGACACAUGGCGCCAUUUGAUAGGCUGCCAGACAUGGCCCACACCGAGCCAUGCCACAUUGUGGUGCGCUGUGCUCUUGCAUGCGCUGCCCACCUGCUUGCCUCCCGCAACCCAGCCCACAGCACGCAAGCAGAAAACAUCUCUCUUCUCGCCACGCAGCUCGUGACUGUGGCUGCCACUGAUGCCAGGUCCAACCCAAGCUGGCUGUGGAAGGAAGCAAUGGUGCUAGGCUCGCCUGUCUCCUCCUCCCCUUCCCGGCCUCCCCUUGGUGGGAGUGGGGGCGUUGGGGAGAGUGAGUGGGACUCGGAUCGGUUGCAGUCAGUCAGAUCUCGUUCCUCCGCCGCUGCUGCUGAUGAUGAGGAUGAUGACGUGGCCUGUUCCAAGGCAGAGCAGCCUGGAUCUGCCGCAGCAGCAGCAGCAGUAGGCAUGGCAGCAGGCGCGGCAGCAGGAGAAGCAACAGCAGCAGCAGCAGGAGCAGCAGCAGCAGCAGCAGGGGGCGUGUCAAGGGCGGCUGGAGGAGGGAUGGGGUCGGAUGAGGCGAAGAGGCAGCAGAAGAGGCAGCGGCAGGCGGCUAUCAUGGCUCAAUUCGCUGCUAAGCAGAGCGCGUUUGCUAAGAUGCUGGCAGCAGCAGAUGAUGAGGAAGAUGAUGAGAUGGAGGAGGGGAGGACGAGAGAUUCGAAGGGUGCAGCAGGAUCAGAUGGAGCAGGAGCAGGUGCCACAGGAUCAGGGGAAAGUGGCAGGGCAAUGGGCAGCAACGUAGCAGGGGCAGGAGCAGCAGCAACAGCAGCAGCAGCAGCAGCAGCAGCAGCAGCAGCAGCAGCAGCAGCAGCAGCAGCAGCAGCAGCAGUAGCAGCAGCAGCAGCAGCAGCAGCAGCAGCACCUGCAGAAGGAGUAGGGGAGGGCAUGGAUAUUGAUGGGGACAGGGCAAGGGGGGUUGCGGGUGCAGAUGGUAGUGACAGGGGUGGAGAUGGUAAACAAAUGGGUGUGAAGCAAGGGGACAAGGAAGUGAGUGCGGAAAAACUGGUGUGGAGGGUGCAGGAGGUGUGGGUGGGAUAG